AUGGCCGACCUCGUGGACAGCACGGCCAAGCUCCAGCUCGACGAGGAGACGGGCGAGAUGGUGUCCAAGGGCGAGCUCAAGAAGCGCCUGAAGAAGCGCGAGAAGGCGGCCGCGACCGCCAAGGCGAAGGAGGCCAAGGCGGCGGCCGCCGCCAGCAACCCGGUGGCGCCCAACCCCAAGCCGGCGGCGGCGCCCAAGGCCGACGAGCCGAGCAUCGACCCGCAGCAAAUGUUCAAGGUUGGCUUCCUGGAUGAGGUGUUCAAGAUCCGGCCGAUGAAGCCCGUGCGCACGCGGUUCCCGCCGGAGCCCAACGGCUUCCUGCACAUUGGGCACGCCAAGGCGAUCGCCGUCAACUUUGGCUUCGCCAAGUACCACGGCGGGUCGUGCAACCUGCGGUACGACGACACGAACCCGGAGUCGGAGGAGCAGGUGUACUUUGACGCGAUCCUGGACAUGAUUACGUGGCUGGGCUUCCAGCCGCGCACGAUCACGUACUCGUCGGACAACUUUGACCGGCUGUACGCACACGCCGAGCAGCUGAUUGAAUGCGGGCGGGCGUACGUGUGCCAGUGCACGGACGCGGAGAUCAAGGACCAGCGCGGCGGCGGCGAGGGCCGGCCGCGGUACCGGUGCAAGCACGCGGAGCAGACGGUCGAGCACAACCUGACAGAGUUCCGGGCGAUGCGCGACGGCAAGUACAAGCCCCAGGAGGCGUUUUUGCGGAUGAAGCAGGACAUUGCGGACGGCAACCCGCAAAUGUGGGACUUGGCGGCGUACCGCGUGCUGGCGACGCCGCACUUCCGGACGGGCACCAAGUGGAAGAUUUACCCGACGUACGACUUUACGCACUGCCUGUGCGACUCGUACGAGGGCAUCACGCACUCGCUGUGCACGACCGAGUUUGUGCUGAGCCGCGUCAGCUACGAGUGGCUCAACCACACGCUGGGCGUCUACGAGCCCAUGCAGCGCGAGUACGGCCGCCUGUCCAUGACCGGCACCGUGCUCUCGAAGCGCAAGAUCUUGAAGCUGGUGGAGUCGGGCAUCGUGCGCGGCUGGAACGACCCGCGGCUGUACACGCUGAUUGGCAUCAAGCGGCGCGGCGUGCCGCCCGGCGCCAUCCUCGAGUUUGUCAACGAGCUCGGCGUCACCACCACCAACUCGGUGAUUGACAUUAAGCGCUUCGAGCAGGCCGUGCGCAAGUACCUGGAGCGCACCGUGCCGCGGCUGAUGCUAGUGCUAGAUCCUGUGCCCGUGGUCAUUGAGGGCGUCGAGGGCGGCGAGGGCGGCGACGAGGCGGAUGCCGAUGCCGAUGCGGCCAACCUCGGCGGUCUCGACGGCAAGGCCCUGUCGAUCCCCUUCAACCCCAAAGACCCCAAGGUCGGCGUCCACGACGUCGCCUUCUCGCGCACCAUCUACAUUGACCGCGCCGACUUCCGCGAAGACGCCGACCCCUCCUUCUUCCGGCUGGCGCCCGGCAAGUCCGUCGGCCUGCUCCAGGUGCCCUACCCCAUCCGCGCGACGUCGUACACCAAGGACGAGACGACGGGCCGCGUCACCGAGAUCCGCGCCGUGCUCGACCGGUCGGCGGGGACGAAGAAGCAGAAGACGUACAUCCAGUGGGUGCCCCCCGUCGACAAGGGCUCGCGCCGCGCCGAGGUCCGCGUCUACAACCCACUCUUCAAGUCCGACAACCCCAACGACGCCGAGGGCGGCUACCUGGCCGACAUCAACCCGGACAGCGAGAUCGUCUACCCGGACGCGCUCAUUGAGUCGGGCUUCGACGAGGUGCGGCGGCGGGCGCCGUGGCCCGAGGCGGCCGGCGAGAGCGAGCUGGGCAAGGGCGGGCCCGAGAGCGUGCGGUUCCAGGGCAUUCGGGUGGCGUACUUUGCCGAGGACUCGGACUCGACGGACGAGAAGAUUGUGCUGAACCGGAUUGUGGCCCUCAAGGAGGAUUUGGGGAAGAAGUAG